AUGGGGAAAUACAUGGAAUUUAUCGUGGAAUCGGUUGUAGCCUCUGUCAAGGCGCAACCCUAUGUCUGGUGUGCAGCUACUCUCACUUUUCUCAUCGGCGUCCAAUUAGCCCUGGCGGCCUCUAUUGCCCACGGAGAUGAAGCCACUGUCCGAAGACAGCUCACCUCUCUCGAGAGAAUCGACAUCGACAAGUCACAACAAUCUGGAGUCAAGAGACAAUUGACAAUCGUUAGCCCUGUUGCAUCAUGCGCCCCUGCCAAAAUCGACACAGACGCUCACCCAGACGCUCACAUCACAUACAACAACUGCUACAUGCUAGCCCUUCAAACCCCCGAGAAGGAUGUCCAAGGCCACACCAUCUGGAAGUCUCUUACCCAACAAGACAAGCCCUAUGUCUCAAAAGUCAAGACCGAGAUCUGGAUCCCGAAACCCGAUGCCGACAAGAACGACCCAUUGGUUCAAUCCGGCGGAUGCAUCAUCAUGUCAUUCCCCGAUCCCAGUAUCCCAAGUUGGCUGAACAUUGCAGCAGGGUACUUGGGCAAUUCUGUCACGACUCCGCAGGUGGCUUGCAUCUUACCUCUGGAACCCACGAAAGAGGAGCUUGAGGAACACAAAAUCAAGAUGAGACCUUUCAAGAUUGACGGAGAAGAUGGGAAGGGUCUGGACAUGGAGACUUUGCCUGCCGUGUCUGAUAUCCUAUCCAGAAUGAAGCUGUUUCUUGGUAUCCAGGAUAAGCAAGGAGUUCCUCAGGGAGUCACCAUUUUUAAGCACGCUUAG